AUGGCAUCCAAAGCCUACGACGAAAAUAAUCCUACAUCUCUGCCAAAUACAACAUGCUUCACUCAGGAGACCAUUGUCGAAGAUACAAGUCUGGAUGAAAUUUCAGAUGAUUUCACUCCAACUUCCGAAAAAAAUGUCUUUUUCACUCAGAAAAAAUGCUCAGAUUCAACAGAACCGACUGGUUUUUCUUCUGACUGUCAAAAUAGUACUCUCUCUUAUGACGGAAUCAAGAAUGGAGUAGUUAACAAAAGUUGUGUUACCCAAAAUGCCAUAGCGCAAACCAGUUUGGCAAUAGAAAGUGAAGAAGGUUCUGAAGGUCCGCUCUUCAGUUUAGCUCAGGCACUUGAUUUCGAACGUUCACCUGCGGCUCAAACUCUACCUGACAUCAUUGAAAAUGACGAGAAUGUAUCAGGAAAUUAUUCUCAAAAAACCCUUCAUAUUGAUGCGAAUUCCUCUGAGCCUCAGAAUGAAAUACCCCACCCUUUGCCCAAUACGGAUACCACUGAGCAGCACCAAGAGCCGACUAAGGAAAAUGCAGAGGAGCCAGGUUCUUAUGAACCGAAGCCAGGUUGUUCUGCGGAGAAGCCAAGCUCAGAAUACUCUGUAUCAUACGAUGAUGAACGCCCUACAAUUUUACGAUUAACAAAAAGGAAUUAUUAUGUUUCACCACUCCAUAGCGACGAAAGUGAUAUUGACGACUCUGAUGCCGACCCUAAUUUCACGGUCGAUAGUUCUCCAGAGGCUAGACGAAGUUCACACGAUACUGACAAAGAAAAUAUUCAAAGCGAUGAAUCUGUGUCAGCAGAACCAGAUAAUACGAAUAAAGGAAAGAAAAGAAAACUGAAUGCACAAGAGUGGGGAGUGAAAAAGACGAAGCUACUUCGAAAUUCCGGUAAGGCCUAUACUUCCUGUUCCAAAUCAAAGAAGAAGUUUCCUGAGAGAAAACUUCGUCCGGCUUGUACGGAAAAAUGUAGAUUAGGUUGUUCUGCAAAAAUCAGUGAGGCAGUAAGAGAAAAUAUUUUUCGCACCUAUUGGGCCCUAGCCGAUUUAGAAAAGCAGAGAGAGUUUAUUUCUUCCCAUACUGGAGAUAUAAAGCCAAAAUACCGAUAUUCAAGUACUCAGAAUUUCCGGAGGAUGAAUACAGCAUUUUACUUCGACGUUAACAGUAAUCGUAUCAGAGUUUGUAAGAAAUUCUUCAAGGCAACACUUGAUAUAAACGAUAGGCCUAUUCGCACAACUGUGAUGAAGAAAAGUGAUACUGGGUUUCUGUUUCAAGAUAGAAGAGGUAAACAUGGAAAGCAACCGGUUGUUGCUCCAGAAAUAAAAGAUAGUGUGAGGAGAUUUAUAAGCGCAAUACCUAGAAUAGAAUCUCACUAUCUUAGAGCACAAACAACUCGGGAAUACAUAGAAGGAGGAAAAAGUUCAGCAGAUUUGUACAGAGACUAUAAGGAAGAACGUGAGAGGCAUCAUUUACCAAUAGCAAAUUCAGUUAUGUUUAAUCGAAUUUUCAAUGGCGAAUUUAAUAUUUCCUUUUAUGCCCCGAAAAAAGAUCAAUGCGAUCAGUGUGAAUCAUACAAAAACUCAAACCAAGAAGGAAAAGCUAAGCUGGUUGAUUCUUACAAUCUCCAUUUGGAAGAAAAAAAGCUCUCUAGGGAACAGAAGAGUAUUGACAAAAAUAUAGCAGAUAAUAAUACCCAUGUAAAUGAAGGUGACAAUGUACACAGCGUCAUAGAGAAACAAAUCAGACGACACCUCAAAUCUGGUCCAAUUUACGUUCCAGAACAAUACGCCACCCUAAUUCGAACAGCGAAGAAGAAUGGUCCUCCAUAUAGAGUUCACGAAUUGACGUUUGAAGACUUUUUUGAUCUCAAAAUUCUGCAAGAAGAACUCGGCAGUAAUUUUAACAUGAAUACUGACAAAGCAAAGAGCAGGAUGCUGUCUACCAGAGUGUUCCAAAUUUUCUUCUGCCUUCUACUGGUGCAUGUCUUGUCAGCAAAUGCAGGAACCGCUAUAGGAAGAACACUGGCCAAUAUGCUUAACCGAAUUCAAACCCUUCUUCUACAAGUGCCAAUUAUUUCUGCUUUGGCUCCUGCUAUCAAUCCCAUGUUGGGUCUAGUUAAACGUGUUUUUUCAAUAUUGUAACACUAUAAAAUGUCAAUAAAUUAGUUUCAAUUAUAUUUAAAAGAUUCUCUCUGGCAAACAUGGAAGGCAGAAGGAAU